AUGGAUGGAAUGUCAUCAUAUUUGGAUGUACACAGAAUUCACUUGACAAAUAUGUCGGAAGUCACUGUAUUCAUUUUGAUGGGCUUCACAGAUGACUUUGACCUGCAAGUCAUCCUAUUUUUACUUUUCCUAGGAAUCUACCUCUUUACUCUGAUAGGAAAUUUAGGACUGGUUAUAUUGGUCAUUGGGAAUUCUCAGCUUCACAACCCCAUGUACUAUUUUCUGAGUGUUUUAUCAUCCUUGGAUGCCUGCUAUUCUACAGUUGUCACUCCCAAAAUGUUGGUCAAUUUCCUGUCAGAAGAUAAAUCUAUUUCAUAUUACGGAUGUGCAACUCAGAUGCUUCUCUUCGUUAGUUUUGGGAGCACAGAAUCCUUCCUGUUGGCUGCUAUGGCAUAUGAUCGCUAUGUAGCCAUCUACAACCCACUUCUGUACUCUGUGAGCAUGUCACCCAGAGUUUAUGUGCCACUCAUCAUUGCUUCCUAUGCUGGUGGCAUUUUGCAUGCUACAUUGCACACAGUGGCCACAUUUAGUCUGUCCUUCUGUGCAUCCAAUGAAAUUAGACAUGUCUUCUGUGAUAUCCCUCCACUCCUUGCAAUUUCCUGCUCUGACACCCACAUAAACCAGCUUCUCCUCUUCUACUUCGUGGGCUCUAUUGAGAUAGUCACUAUCUUGAUUGUCCUGGUCUCCUAUGGUUUCAUUCUGUUGGCCAUUGUUAGGAUGCGUUCUGCCGAAGGGAGGCAAAAAGUUUUUUCUACAUGUGGUUCUCACCUAACAGGAGUGUCCAUUUAUCAUGGAACAAUCCUCUUCAUGUAUGUGAGACCAAAUCCCAACUCUGCUUCACAGCAUGAUAUGAUAGUGUCCAUAUUUUAUACCAUUGUGAUUCCCAUGCUAAACCCCAUCAUCUACAGUUUGAGGAAUAAAGAUGUGAAACAGGCAAUGAAAAAAUGCUUGAGAGAAAUUAUUUUAUAA